CAUAUCUAUUAAAUGGUUUUUUAAGAUGGGAUGGUAUUCUAGUAAAUAUGCAAAAAAUGUUGCUGUAAUCGGAAUAAUUAUUUAUAUUUUAGACUAUUUUGGAAUUUUUAAACAUUACCAUGAAUUAGAUUUUCAACGCCACUUUGAUUACCCAUCUGGUCGACCCAGUGAUUACGAUUAUACGUUAAUUAAAAAUGCUUCAGAGGUGUGCGAAGUUUCACCUAGAUUGGCAAUAAUUGUAAAAUCUGCUCUUCAAAAUAUUAAUCGACGUAAUGUUAUUCGUCGCACAUGGGGUUAUGACCGUCGUUUCUCUGAUGUACAAAUAAGACGAGUAUUCUUACUCGGUGUCAGUGAUGAUCCAAAAACUGAUUAUAUAGUACGAGAAGAGUCUUCAAAAUUUAAAGAUAUUGUACAGAUUGACUUUGUUGAUACAUAUUUCAACAAUACGAUUAAAACUUUAAUGGGCAUGCAAUGGGCUCUCAAAUACUGUAAUAGCGAAUAUUUCUUUUUUGUGGAUGAUGACUAUUAUGUGUCAACAAAGAAUUUAUUGAAAUUUGCAAACAAUCCAAGUUUUUAUCCGAAAUCUAGACAAAAUAUUGCUGCACAUGAACAUGAAGAUAGUGACUUGUUUGCUGGUUUUGUACUGCAAACUCCACCACAUAGACAUAAAUUUAGUAAGUGGUAUAUACCGUUAAGUGAAUAUCCGUUUGAUUUAUGGCCCCCUUACAUAACAGCAGGGGCUUUUGUUCUUAAUCGAAAUGCCUUACUCAAACUUUUUACAGCCGCAAUUAACAUAAAAAAAUUUAGAUUUGAUGAUAUUUUUCUGGGUAUAGCAGCUUUGAAAGCUAAUUUGACUCUUACUCAUUGCGAAAUGUUUUACUUUAAUAAGCCUAAAUAUGAAGGACCUUCAAGCUACCAGAAUAUUGUUGCGUCACAUGGAUUUCAAAAUAGCAAAGAAUUAGAGCAGAUUUGGAAUGAAUGUCGCUCUGCUGGUUACGCUUAAUUCCAGAGUUUGAAAUAGUAACAGGAAUACCCAAAAUUUCACAAACUAUGUAGCAUGAUGUCUGUCAUACUAUACUAUACUACAAGUAGGAUUUGUUACUCAAAUUUUUUAAGGGAUAAAAUCAAAUUUUAAAUAUCUAAGUUACUGAAUACCAAUUAAAUUUUGCUAAUAAAGAAAAUGGAAAACGUCGCUUAACUAAAGAACUAAAUUCUUUAAACAAGUUGAAAUACAUUGUUAUACGUUUUCAAUAUUUUGUAAACCAAAAUAAAUGUUUUAUUCAGAUCAAC